AUGGACCAGGCUGAGAAAAUGUGUUUGAAGUUUACAGUAACACUCGCUGUAGUUUUUAUAAUAUUCCCGUGUGUAUCCUCAGCGUCACCUACAGGAAUAUGUCGUAACGGUCUCUAUAAGUUUUGUGAAUGGGCGAAUUGGUUGUCCUGGAGUGGGUGUUCCAAUCUCUGUGGAACCGGCAUUCGCACCCGAACAAAGAUGAUCUGCUGCCCCAAAGAUAUUAAAGAAAGCAACAUCAGCAAGUGCGUGGUGGACUUGUGCAAGUUCUCGAUGGCCCAGUACUGGGAAAAUACUACUUGUACCUCUACCAAGAAUUGUCCAACAGCCGUGAUUUGCAGUCGAACAAGAUGUCAAAAUGGUGGCACAUGUAGGGAUACCAGUCAUGGGUACCAGUGUAGCUGUCCCCCGGGAUUCAAGGGUCGCAAUUGUGAGAGAGCCCCCACAUGUAGAGAUCACCCCUGUAGAAGUGGUACCUGUACAGACACUGGCCAUGGAGUUCAAUGUGACUGUGGAUCCAAACACACCGGUCGUUACUGUGAAACAGUCGUGAAGUGUAGCCCAACACAAUGUCGUAAUGGUGGCACAUGUAAGGAUACCAGCCAAGGGUACCAGUGUAGCUGUCGUCGGGGAUUCACGGGCCACAAUUGUGAAAAGGUUGCAACCUGCAGAGAUAAUCCGUGUCAACAUGGCCGCUGUCGGGAUGCCGGAAGUAGAUACAUCUGUACGUGUGACCCGGGAUACGCGGGACUGAACUGUGAUAGGGUCUUGAAGUGUAGCCCAACACGAUGUCGUAAUGGUGGCACAUGUAAGGAUACCAACCAAGGGUACCAGUGUAGCUGUCCCCGGGGAUUUGCGGGUGACAGUUGUGAAAGAGUUGCAACCUGCAGGGAUAAUCCGUGUCAACAUGGCCGCUGUCGGGAUGCCGGAAGUAGAUACAUCUGUACGUGUGACCCGGGAUACGCGGGGCUGAACUGUGAUAGGGUCGUGAAGUGUGACCGGGCAAACUGUCGUAAUGGUGGCACAUGUAAAGACACCAACCAAGGGUAUCAGUGUAGCUGUCCCCGGGGAUUUGCGGGCGAAAAUUGCGAAAGAGUUGCAACCUGCAGAAAUAAUCCUUGUCAACAUGGCCGCUGUCAGGAUGCCGGAAGUAAUUACACCUGUACGUGUGACCCGGGGUACGCGGGGUUGAACUGCGAUAGGGCCUCCACAUGUAGCGACCACCCCUGCGGAAGUGGUACCUGUACAAUCACUGGUCAUGGAUUUAAAUGUGUAUGUGGAUCCAAGCACACCGGUCAUUACUGUGAAACAGUGGUAUCCUGUAGUGACAAUCCCUGCCAACAUGGCACCUGUAAGGAUUCACCGGUUGGAUUUACUUGUACAUGUGACGUCGGCUACAGAGGGACCACAUGUAACAAUCGUGUGACAUGUAAAGACAACCCCUGUUUACACGGUACCUGUACAAUGAGUGGUGGUGGUUAUUCCUGUCAUUGUCAGGAACUCUUUACAGGGACGAACUGUGAUGUCAUGAUCAAGUGUAGCAGUCUCCCUUGUCAACAUGGUACAUGCCGAGAUACACCACGUGGAUUUCUGUGCUUGUGUAAUCAUGGAUACAGCGGACACAAAUGUGACAGUCGUAAUAUCACCCAAAGUCCUUCAUCGGGAAAUGGGCACGGUGUGUCAACAGUAAACACGCAUACUGUUAUACCAAACAAUGGUCAUCCUCAUGCGCAAUCAACAUCGCGCCAAGGCCCCACCAGUCUUGCUGGGAUACACUACACUUUUCAGAAAUCACAAAAUGGUCACAACAUCGUGGUUUCCACAACACAACAGGGAAUUAGUGCGAAAACAGAUGGAAUAAGAAAUUCAACAUUUUAUCCAAAUCAAAUUAAUAACAAUAUGACGUCUACUCAGAAAACAUUUGGUCAGAUCAAUACCGUACACAGCCACAUAGGAAGCGUAAGUAAGCAAAUAACAACAACAGGAUACACAACAACAACACCACAACAGAAACAAAAAACAACAAAAGAAACUCUCCCUGUCGUUCCUCCCAGUUCAGUUUCUAAUGGUGGAUAUAAUGGGAUGAAUAAUAAAAGUACAUCCGGGCAAUUCAAAUCUACACCUAUAUCUGCAAACGGUCUACCUGGAGUAGGAAAUUCAAUUCUUUUACACACAACACAGCCAUCUAAAAGAACCACGAAAGACAACAAAUUUGGUCAAGGACAUACAAAAUAUCCUUUAGCAAACAACUUCAAUCAAAAUACAAUGGGUUCCACACAUCAAGUUAUCGCCGGCAACUUGACUGGGUUGCAUGGAAGCGGAGGAGGUAGCUAUAGCGGAAAUGGACUUAUGGGAGGAACUGGUAUUGCAGGGAGUGGAUCCGGAAGUGGUGGCCCUGGUCAACGUACACCCAAAGGAAUGAAAAAAACCUGGCCUUUUGGCAUUUUGACGACAGCAGUGGGCGUUGCUCUUGGUCUGGCCGUCCUGACUACCACCUGCAUUUGUUGCUUCUUUCUCUUCAAGCGUUGGUCGGAUGAAAAGAAGAAGAAAAGGAAAAAGUUCAAAAGAUGGGACAAGAAGAUUCGACCACUUCCGCCCACUCGACGACCCCAAAAUAGCCACCGGUUUUACUGAGAACGAACCAUAACAUUAUCUACAUUAUGAUGUUUUCUGUUUUGCUAAUUCUGCUGACGUUAUUGCUAUUAAACAAUAUUUCCUUG